AUGGUGAUGAGAAGAACCUUCGUGUUCAAAAAACAAAAGAGUGGUCUUCAAAAUUCAGCAAAUAUAACUGAUUCGCAAAAUCUUCACCAAUCCGGUUUGGAGUUAUCACGUGUAUAUUGCCUUCAAGUAGUACUUCAUUCAGGAGAAUUUAUAGAAGGUGAGACUGGACUUUAUUGUGUAUGUAAAAUUAAUGAAAAGAAAUAUAGGACAAUGACAACUGUUGGGAACAAGCCAUCCUUUAACGAAACAUGGAGUAUGACUAUUCCUGAAGAUACAGUUCGUUUAACAAUUGAAGUAUGUAAACAUAAUAAAUUAAACUCAAGACAAGUAAUAGGAGUAGUGCAAGUGUCAUUAAAACGAUUAGGAAUAAAUGUAGAAACGACAGAGAAAUAUACAGUGGCAUCAUUUAAUGGAAAUGAAAUAGGGAAAUUAUUAUUAACAUUUAAACGUUUUUCAAGAGAAGAUGAAAAAGAGCUAAUUGGUGAAAAACCACGAAAAGCAAGAUUUUCUUUAGUAUCCUCUUCUAUGGAAGAUCUUGAGUCACUUGUGAGUGAUACUCUACCAAAGAAUCCUCUUCAUAGAAAAAAGUUUAUGCCACAACUUCCAUCAGCAAAGGAUAGAGAGACAGUUGAGGCAUGUGGAUUAUUUUCAGCAGUAUUUACUGUUACAGUAGGAGACAUUGCAGAAGAUCUUCUUCAUUUUAUGAAUAAUGAACAAGCAACAUUUAGUGAUAUAGAACAAGUAGGACUAACAGGAGUUAUUACAAAUUGUUAUCCACCAAAUAAUGGAGGUAAAAUAGUUCCAUUAAAUAUUUGGAAUUUUUGUUUUGGAGAUGGGUUAAGAGUAAGUAGAACGAAUAAAAAUAUAAGUGUUGUUCCAUUUGUUAUGACAGAUGCUAUGGCUAAUACUAAAUAUGCGUGUUUCUUAAUUGCUUAUUUUAAAAUUGAAAAAGAAAUGAUUAAAAAAAUACAAGAAAUUAUUCCAAAAACACCUGAUGAAUUAUAUGCACCAUAUGCUGUUGGAGUAACAAGUGAUUUUCCAUUACAUACAUUUAUGAGAAAAUGGUUAAAGUCAUUAUAUGAAAUAAAUGUAGAAAAUGAUAUGAAAUUUACAGAUUAUUGUCAUCAAGUCAUUUUUAUGACUGGAAAACCAUCAUUUGGAAAUUUAUAUUCAUACGAUUUUGGACAAUUAGGAUUUAAAGUUGAAAUACAUUUACCUUGUUUAAAUGGAUUACCACCAAUACCUACAAGUAUCCUUCCAUUAUUUGAAAUGAUUGGAAUUGAUGGAGUACUUGCUGUAUGGCUAGCACUAUUAGAAGGUGAAAAAGUAAUAAUUACAAGCACAUCAAAAACUGGAUUAGUUUAUUCAAUAGAAAAUUUAAAAUCAUUGUUAUUUCCAUUUGAAUGGUGUAAUAUUUGUAUUGAUUCAUUACCUUAUUCAUUAAUUGAUUAUGUAAGUUCUCCAAUGACAUAUUUAAUGGGAGUACCAUCAGAAUAUAAAGAAGAUGUAGAAAAAAUUAUUAAAAAUGAAGAAGUAGUAUAUGUUGAUUUAGAUAGUGGAGUAGUAAAAUCAAAAGGAAUAAUAAGAGAAGUACCAAAAUUAAUAAAUACAGUAUAUCAUGAACUUAAAGAUGUUUUUAAUAAAAGAGAAUAUUCAAGUGGAAAUAUUAAUUCAGACAUAUUUGAUGAAAAAGACUUCUUGAAAGCAUUGUUUGAGUCUCAACAUUUUUCAUUCUUCCUUCAAAAUUUCCCAAAAAGACAUGACCAUAUAUUUGAAGAUUGGCAAAUAAAUAAUAUUUAUUUAAUUAAUACUAAUGAACUUAUUCAAAUGUAUUCAAAAGAAUAUCAUCCUAUUACUUCAAUUAUUCAAACAUCAACAGAAAAAAGUCUUGAAGUAUCUCCAAUUAAUACAUUGGUAUUGGAUUGUGGGAAACUUAAAUCAUUAAGAGUAAGAAACACUGUAGUUAAUUCACAAUUAGAACCAAAAAUGUAUCAUAAUCAUUUAGAAGGAUUAAAAAAACAAAGAGUAAAAGAAGUAUUUAAUAAUGAUAUAAUACAAUUUAGUGAUAUUCAAAUUGGAAUAUUGGUGAUGAUGAAUGAAGGAACAACAAAAAGUCUUGAUACAGAUUUAUUAUUUAAUUUUUUAUCACAAGUUGAAGGAAGAAAAAUAUUUACACAACGAUUAAUGAGUAAAUAUACAUCAUUUUGUAUUAAUAAAAUGGAAGGUAGAGUAAAUAAUAUAGUCUAUGCAGUAAUUGGUGAUAUUCUUCGACAAGAAGCAACAUACGCAUAUUCACAAAAAGAUUAUAUGACACCACAACAUAUUAUUGAAUUAUCUCAAAUAUUAUAUAAAACAGAAGGGAACCAAAAAAUUAAAUUGAUUAAUAGUUUAAUUGAAUUAGAUAUUUGGAAUCAAAUGGAUGUAUGGAAUAAUAUGUUUAUGAGACUAAUGUGUAUUGAAAAAUCGUCUAUUUAUCAAGAACAAUAUGGGUUAGACCUUCCAUCAAGAUGGAACCUAUUUGAUUCAAAUCAACAAAACCAAUACAGAAUUGCUGAAACUCAAGACUUUAAAAAAAAUUUAUCAACACUUUUAGAUACGAUGAAAAUUGUUAGAGUAAAUGAUAGAACACUUAACCAAUUUGUUGGUUAUAUAUUAAGCCAAAUGAGAUUUGAUGAAAUGUUUAGAAAUGAAAUUGAUAAAUUAGUAAAAGAAAAAUGUCCUUCUCAAAAUGCUCUUACAAUUAAUGACUCUAAAGAACAAUUGUUAGCUGAUAUGAGAAAAUUGUAUGACUCUGUGUAUCUCACUGAAGAUUAA